ACGCGUUUGCUCGUGCACACGCAUCGUGUGGUGUCACAUCGACUUAAGACACGGAAAUAGACGGCUGAGACCAACUAAAGAUGUGGAAGUCUGCAGUAGGCCACAAUGUGAGCAUUAAGAUAUCAGCAGAAGGUGACGACUGGGAGACCGAUCCAGACUUUGAGAAUGACGUUUCAGAGCAGGAGCAGAGGUGGGGGGCCAAGACCAUUGAAGGUUCUGGCCGCAAAGAGCCCAUCAGUGUUGCUGAGCUGAGAAACAAAGUUGCAGAAGAACAUGAGCAAGUGAAACAUCAGGAGAAGACCCCCAAAGCGUCCUACGGCUAUGGAGGCAAAUUCGGCGUGGAGCGAGACCGUAUGGACAAGGUGGCGGUGGGUCACGACUACGUGGCUCAAGUGCAGGAGCACAGUUCCCAGAAAGAUGCGGCCAAGGGCUUCGGGGGAAAGUUUGGCGUGGAGAAAGAUCGGAUUGAUAAAUCUGCUGUAGGUUUUGAGUAUAAAGGCAAAGUCCAGCAGCAUACAUCACAAAAAGAUUAUUCCAAAGGUUUCGGAGGCAAAUACGGCGUGGAGAAGGAGAAAGUAGAUAAAGCUGCUGUUGGAUACGACUACAAAGGGUUAACAGAGAAGCAUCAGUCUCAAAAAGGCGGGUCUCCUACUCAGCUGCAUCUUUGCUUGAAUGACAGCUCACAUCUUUUUUUCAAUCUAGAUUAUUCCAAAGGCUUCGGGGGCAAAUAUGGCGUGGAGAAGGAAAAAGUGGAUAAAGUCGCCGUGGGAUACGACUACGAGGGCCACACGGAAAAACACCAAUCUCAAAAAGAUUACGCAACAGGCUUUGGGGGUCGAUAUGGAGUGCAAUCAGAACGUAUGGAUAAGAGCGCUUCGGGCUUUUCUGACAUCGACUCACCAUCUUCCGCGUAUGAGAAGACUCAGCCGAUAGAAGCCUCCGUUGCCAACGCCGGCAAACUUAGGGCUCGUUUCGAGAACCUAGCCAAAGCCUCGGACGAGGAGAACCGAAGGAGAGCUGAAGAAGAGCAGAGCAGGAGGAAGGAAAGAGAGAAAAAAGAACGACAUGAAGUGGAAAGGCAGCAGGAGCAGAAGAACCAGGAGGAGCAAAUUCUUUUUCCAACUUUUCCAGAAGCACCACGGGAGAUGGAGCAGAACAUGCUGGAAAAGCCAACACCAGAACCACAAACACAGUUGGAAACGUGCGACGACAAGCCCCCGCCGUUGCCCCAGCGCUCGCACAGCUUUUCGCAAAUGGAAAGGGAGGUGCCCCCUGUGUACGACCAAGUCACGGUGGAUGAAGUGGCGAAUACAGGCGAUGACUACGAGGAUGUGCCGCCGCCGCCGCCGCCACCAGUGGAGGAGGGAGUUGACGAGUACGAGGAAAUUGGUGAGGUGACCCCGCCCGACUCGUCAGCGACGGACGAUUAUGAAGACCUGUCAUGCGGCGUCCGAGCGGUAGCAAUUUACGACUAUCAAGGAGAGGAUGUGGACGAGAUCUCCUUCAAUCCGGACGACGUCAUCACUGACAUCGAGAUGAUCGACGAAGGCUGGUGGAAGGGACGCUGCCACGGACGGACCGGCCUUUUUCCCGCAACUUACGUCCAGCUUAUGCAGUGAGAUGUCAGUGCCAACAACGGACGGAUACAUUGAGCACUUGUAAGCGUUUUAAAGUCUGGGAUUAACGGUAGCACUGUAGGACUCAAAUUUUUCACGGUGACUUAGUUUACAAACACAAUAAAUCCAGGAUGUUUGCAAUUCAGAUGUUUUCAUUUUUUUAAAGGGGGGGGGGGGGUAUCAACUUUACAGCUUUUGAGGUGAA